AUGUCUUCUACUACUCCUGUGUCUGAUGAAGUGUAUGAUACUGUAUGUGAUGUUUCUACUGCCAAUGAAAAUGUCUCGGAUAGUGUAAACACGAAUUUCCCAAUUAUACCGGGUAUUCGUAACAUAAUUGAUAUAAAAAAAUACAGUAGUUUUGAUAAAUUAGUACACGUCACAGCUUAUGUGAUGAGAUUUAUAAGUAAUGUAAAAAAGAAGAAAGAAGAUAGAAAAAAUUUUAAUUAUAAGAGGCUAUCAGCCGAAGAAAUUGGUCAUGCAAGAUUGGUAAUCAUCAAAGAUGCUCAAGAAGAUGUGAAAAGACACAAGAAAUUUAAACAUUGGGAAAAGAACCUGGAUUUAUUUGAAGACACAGAUUUUUUGCUGAGGUGCAGGGGUCGGUUAGGAAAUGCUCCUGUACCAUAUAACUCCAGGUAUCCUAUUCUGUUAGUACCAGACUCUUAUCUAACAAAAUUAAUCAUUCGACAUGUGCAUGAAUCUGUGAAGCAUUAUGGCACAAAAAUAACACUCACAGAACUUAGAAGAGAAUUUUGGAUUCCAUCUGGUAGAAAUGUUGUUAGAAAUUUUAUUCGUACAUGUCAAAAGUGCCGAAGGUACGAGAACAAACCAUAUCCGUACCCAGAUCCUCCAUCAUUACCGAAGAGUAGAUUACAAGAUAACAUGUCAUUUGAAGUAGUUGGCUUCUACUAUGCUGGUCCUUUAUUUGUAAAAAAUGUUUUUAACGAAGAACCAGAUAUGUAUAAAGCUUGGAUAGUUCUUAUAACGUGUGCGAGUACUAGAGCUAUUCAUUUAGACUUAGCUUCGAAUUCUUCUGGACCUGAAUGUAUAGAAGUUCUGAAACGAUUUAUUGCUCGAAAAGGAGCACCGAACUUCAUUUUAUCUGACAAUGGUAAAUGUUUUAUUAGCGAAGACGUACAAAACUUUGCUGCUAGUAAAAAUAUUAAUUGGAAAUUUAAUAUUGAGUCUGCCCCUUGGCAAGGCGGAUUCUUCGAACGUUUGGUCAAAUCAGUCAAAAGACCACUGAAGAAAGUUCUGGGCAAUAGUCGCCUGAAGUAUAACGAACUUUUAACGAUACUAACUGAAAUUGAAUUUAUACUAAAUAACAGACCAUUAACGUACAUAUAUGAAGAACUUAAUGAAGAACCAUUAACACCUAAUCAUCUUAUGUAUGGAAGAAAAUUAAACACGAAAGCAGAUGAGAACAACUUAAUACCUGAAGAUCUCUCGGCUGAUAUGAGUGUCAAACGGAAAGAAAACGUAAACCGAUUACUGACACACUUUUGGAAUAGAUGGCGUGACGAAUACGUCACAGAAUUACGAGAAUUCCACAAAUUGAAGAAUAGUCGUUUCAAUAAAUGUUUAAUUCCAAACGUUGACGACGUAGUUGUUGUUGCUGAUGAUAGAAUGCCACGAUCACAAUGGCGAAUUGGUCGAAUAAAAGAAACGUUGAAGGGAAAAGAAGGAAAAAUACGUGCAGCGAUAGUACAAUGCAAAACUGAUCAAGACAGACGAUCAAAUUUACGGCGACCGAUCAAUAAAUUGAUACCGUUUGAACAGUGUAUUAUUCCAAACGAUGAAUCAACAGAACCAGCAAUACAAUUUAUUGAUGAACAAUCAGUUACACAAAACGAUCAGUUAGCUGAAUCAAAGAUAACAUUUGUUGAUGAAAAGGAUCUUGAGAUUGUAAACAUUUGA